UUUCUUCUUCCUGAAGUUGUUCCAAUGACAAAAUACAACUUACACCGUAAGUUUACUGCUAAAGUUGGUUUCCUACGUCUCCUUCGCCGUUAUAAGUUGAUGAAUACCCAUCGACUUCUCAUCAUCCCAAAAAUGGCUCAAGAACCCACCUCCAUUCUCGACUCUGUUGAUGAUUUUUACUUCUCAGCCCUCUUUGAGGAAGACCAAGAAGAAAUCUUGCAAGUCUCGGAUGCCAAAUAUGCUCAAGAAUUGCAGCUUCAGGAGGCUCUGAUGGGGUCAGUCACUCUCUGUAAUUCAGUCUUGAAUCAAAAUUUGUCUUCCCCAUCACCGAUGCUGAAUAUUCAACUCACUCCAGUUGUGCCAACAGAGCUCGUAAUCAAGACGCGUGAAGAUUCAGAGGAGGGUUUUGGGGAGUCCUCUUCCUCUAUGAGCUUCUGCAAGAUUUGCAUCGAAAGGAAGGAAAGUGAUGACAUGUUCACAAUUGAUGGGUGUGAUCACUCAUUCUGCUCGGAUUGUGUAGGCAAACAUGUUCAGGUGAAGAUUCAGGAGACUUUGAGUGUUGUAUGUCCAGGAUUGGGAUGCAGGAAUGUGCUUCAACUUGAAGCUUGUAGGCCUGUGAUUUCCAAGGAUGUAAUUGAUCUUUGGGAGAUGACGUUAUGUGAGGACUUAAUUAGUGAAACCCAGAAGUUCUAUUGCCCGUUCAAGGACUGUUCUGCUAUGAUGUUGAUUGAGAAUGAGGAAGGGGAAGUGAUUAGGGAAUCUGAGUGUCCAUUCUGUCACAGACUGUUCUGUGCCCAGUGUUCUGCUGGUUGGCAUCCAGGGGUUGAGUGUGAGGAGUACCAGAGGCUGAAUGAGGAUGAGAGAGGGAGAGAGGAUCUUAUGGUGAGAGAGCUUGCUAAUGAGAAUAAAUGGAGUAGGUGCCCCAAAUGCAGAUUCUAUGUAGAGAGAACAGAAGGUUGCCCUCACAUUACUUGCAGGUGCAAUUAUCAAUUUUGCUAUGGAUGUGAAGAAGAAUGGAGUCAGUCUCAUGCGGGCUGUCACAAACAGUGAAGAAGUAUGCAGCAUAACCAGGGAGGGUUCCCUUUUUAAUCUUUGAUCUUGGAUGGAUUACUAUGUAAUUGGUUAUGUUAUAUCAUCAAUAUUGAGUUCUUUUUGAUAUUGCACAGAAAACCUGUGUCGAGACUGGGUUGAUGAUAUAGGAAAAAACUGCAUGUAUUCUUUUUUCUCCCUCUUGGGUGUGCUUUUGUUUGUUCUCAUUGUUUCUUGGGUUGAUGAUAUAAUGGGCUUCUAUUUAUGUA